CUAUUUUAGAGGGAGGAGCGAAAUGCUCCAGAAAGCCCAUUGGCACAGUGUCUGGAAAGGGAAGAGAGGAAACUGAUGCACACAUGGCAUUUUCUGACACUUUACUCGUUGAUUGGGUCAGAAGACGUUUCGCCGCAAUUAAAUGACACGCAAAGAGGAAAGCAAUUAUACUGUGGACUAAUUCACCGCCAUGAAAGCGCAGGAGCUUCCCAUAUAAAAGCGCAAAACUGCAGGCCAUCGAGCAGGUUACGUUUUAAAUGGCGAAUAACCGCACCUCCUUUUCCAUUCACAACAUAUUAAACCGAGGACUCGAUUGCGAGAAAAUUAGCGGUAUUGAUGAGGAAUACGCAGAUGAGCAGGUUCACGGAGAGAGAGAGGCGCGGGAUUGUUCAAGCUCAUCUCUGCCGGUGAACGCUGGAGCUGAGAGCGCGCAGAGGCGCAUCUCUUCCUGUGUGCUCGUGCUGGACUCCUCAUCCUCUGACCAGCAUUCAUGUGAGGAAGAAUCUACAGGAGGAGAAGACAAUUCAAUCGAAAUACGUCAAGAUCAUGACAUGGACCAACAGAAAUCACAGAGCUGCAACUUUGAAGAUAACAACCCCAAAUCGAGCAAAAAAAGGACACGGGCAGCGUUUUCUCACGCACAAGUAUACGAGCUGGAGCGGCGCUUUAACCUGCAGCGGUACCUGUCCGGCCCAGAGCGGGCCGACCUGGCAGGAGCGCUCAAACUGACCGAGACACAGGUAAAGAUCUGGUUCCAGAACAGGAGAUACAAAACUAAGCGCCGACAAAUGGCAGCCGAGCUUGCGACAACUCCUACAACAACACUGGCAAAGAGAGUUGCAGUGAAAGUCCUGGUGAGAAACGACCAGAGGCAAUACAACACAGAGGAGCUGCCCAGUCCAUCUGUUCCUCCAUUAUACCAGUCAUUCCCUUACUAUCCUUACAUGUUCUGCUUCAAGCCGUGGAACUCAGGAAGCACUUUAAGUAGUGGUCUGUACUGAUUUACUGGAGUUAUAGCAUCACGUGGAAAGUGAUUGUGGAGAGACAAACAUACAGCCAAAGUUCAUUUAUGCAGAAGAGAACAGAGUAAACAAAACUAUUAUUCCUCCAUGGAUUAAAAAACUAUAGAAUGACCAUAAAGCCAGAAAAGGAAUAUGAUGUACUGAUGUUCACUAUCUAUUAUUUCAAAAACGAUCAUUAAGCCAAAGCAUAGACAAUUUAUUCAAAAGACAUUCUCUCAUUCGUAGUCAUAUCUGUCCUUUUUUAAUGUUGUACGUAUGUAUUUAUGUAUUUGGACAAGUAAUGCACACUUAAAAUCUAUGAAUUUUCUUGCUUUAGAUAACAAAAUAUUAAACCAAAAAGUGGUAAAAUAAAAUGAUGCUCAUCCUCAAAGUUAUUUUUUAGUAGAUGUAGAUGUUUCACUAACAUUUGAAAAAAGUCAG